CUUCGUCGGCCCUUUUCAUCCGUAAAUAAAUAAAUAAAAAAACUCUCAGGUUUUACAUUGUAAAAACACAAAAUCAUCUCCUUCGUAGCAAUCCUAAUCUCUCUGGGUUGAAGCACCUAAUUUGGCUCAGAGUUCAUUCUCUCUCUCGCCAAACCCAUCCUCUGUUGUAGCUUGUGAUGGAUCCAGCACAGAACACAAGUGCAGCAGUACCAAUUGGUGGGAGUGGGAGUAACGGUACGAUGAGAUAUCAAACCAAUGAUGGGACUUCAUCUGUGACCACCGCUGCUGCUGAUGAUUCAAAGGAGAAUCUCAACCAAGUUAUAAACUCUAUUCACAAUAUUUUGACUCUCCUUCAUCAGAUACACCUUACCAUCGGUUCUUUCACACCUGCAUCUCAGCUGCCUCUCCUUCAGCGCCUUAAUACUCUUGUGUUGGAGCUGGAUAACAUGGCUAAGUUGUCCGAGAAAUGUAGCAUUCAAAUCCCCAUGGAGGUUAUUAACUUGGUUGAUAAUGGGAAGAACCCGGAUGACUAUACUAAAGAUGUUCUUAAUGGCUGCAUUGCCAGAAAUCAAGUUACAAAGGGCAAGACUGAUGCUUUUAAGGAUUUGAGAAAACAUAUUCUGGAGGAGCUUGAAGAGACUUUUCCUGAUGAAGUCGAGAUGUAUAGAGAAACCCGUGCUAACUCUGCCGCUGAAGCGAAACGGGUGGCCCAAUCGCAAAGUGUGUUACCAAAUGGGGAUGCAAAGGUCAAGAACGAGUUAUAAACAAGAGUCCCCAAUUUUACUCUUUUAUCUUACCUCGUAGAAUAAAACUACUGAGUAGAUGAAUGUUGUAUACAAACAAUCCCACUUGGAAUUUCUAUAAUAUGUGUUGGUUCUCUCUUCUGGCUGAGAAACCAUAUGAGCUGUAGGUUUCUUUUCAAGAUUUGACCUAUAAUGUUUGAUGUGAGGUACAGAAAAAAGCAUUAAGAAAAAAUAAGUUAACUU